UCUGCGGAAUGAGGGGCCGCAGUUGCAGAGAUACUUGUGGCUAAAGUAUUUACUUGCAGAUAAUUACAUGACGGACUGGUGGAUCAAGUAUGUAUACCUUGCUCAGCGCGAAAGUCUUUGCAUUAACUCCAACUGGUUUGGGGUGGCGUUUGCCAAAUAUUUGCCCACCCCGCUUCAAGCUUCCCGUGCGGCGGCAUUGGUGUACAACCUUGUUAAGGUAAAGAAAAGUCUCGACAAGCGCACGUUUCCACCGCAGUUUAGCGGGCUUGUUCCACUUGACAUGAAUCAGUAUCGCUACAUCUUUAACACCACCCGUAUUCCAGGACGUGAGAUGGACGUGUUGGUUCAGCACGAGGGAAUUAAGCACAUUGUGGUCAUCCACAAGGGUCGCUUUUACCAACUUGAGGUGUUACACCCGCUGACGAACCAUCAGCUCACACCGUACCAACUUGAGAUGGCGCUGGAAUCUAUCUUGCAUUCCGAGGAUGAGACUGACCCUGUCGAGGCGCUCAUUCCUGCCUUCACUACCGCCCCUCGUGCGGAGUGGGCGGACAUUCGCGACAAGCAUUUUGUGAACAAUGCUUACAAUGUGAAGCCGCUGCGGGUGAUUGAAGAAGCCAUUUUUGUACUUUGCCUUGAUGAAAUGGAACCAAAAUCCCUUGAAGAGGAGAGCAUGAUGUACUUGUGCGGCAACGGCCACAAUCGUUGGUGCGACAAGAGCUUCAACGUCAUUGUCACGGAGGGCGGCCACUGUGGUGUGCAUGCGGAACACUCAUGGGGUGAUGCCCUGACCCUCGCAAAUGUGGUGGAGUACAGUCACGCUUCGGAUAAAUUUAGGGAGUUAUACACAGAGGAUGGGCAUGUAAAAAAACUACCCGAAGAUGAAGUGGCACUGGCUGAUGGUAAAUUUAAAGUGUUUGUCCCUAAUCGAAUUCGGUUCACCAUUGAUGCCGUGAUGAAACGUGCUGUCCAAGGCGUGCAGGAACGGUGCAUUCGCGAAAUAAAAGAUGUUGACAUCCGCGUCUGCCGCUUUGCCGAUUACGGCAAGGGGUUCCCGAAGAAACAGCGCUGCAGCCCUGACGCGUGGGUGCAGAUGGCAAUGCAACUCGCGUACUUCCGCGAUCAGGGCCACUUUGACCAGACAUACGAGGCAGCUUCGAUGCGUAUGUACCGCAAAGGGCGCACUGAAACCAUCCGCACUGUGAGUGAGGAGUCCUGUGCCUUUGUGCGGGCAAUGGAGCAACCUUUGCUGAGCGCAGAGGCGAAAUUAAAACUUCUUCAUGUUGCGUGUGAACGACACCAGAAGACAUCACGUGAUGCCAUUGCUGGCUGCGGCAUUGACCGCCACCUCUUCGGACUCUAUUGCGCGAGUACCGGCUUUGAGGUGGCAUCCGAGUUUUUGCAGGCGGCGAUGCAGCCAAAGUGGAAGCUCAGCACGUCGCAAGUGCUGACGCGGCAGCUGCCAGACAAAUUUCACCCGCCAAACGAUGAACCGUUUGAAACACCCAAUGGCGGCUUUGGCCCUGUGCAAGACGACGGUUACGGGGUGUGCUACUGCUUAUACGGCGAUAGUCUGUUUUACUUUACCAUCACCUCGAAGCACAGCUGCAAAUCGACUUCUUCGACGCGGCUUGCGGAGCACAUUACGAGGGCACUGCGUGAUAUGGCUGCACUUACAGGAUGGAAUUAA